CACUCGAGCAGACUGUGGCCCAGGCGGCAGAGGGGAAGAUGGCGGCGGUUGUGCAGAAUGUGGUGAAGCUCCUCGGUGAACAGUAUUACAAGGAUGCAAUGGAGCAGUGCCACAACUACAACGCCCGACUGUGUGCCGAGAGGAGUGUUCGGUUGCCAUUCUUGGACUCGCAGACUGGGGUGGCGCAGAGCAACUGUUACAUCUGGAUGGAGAAGCGGCACAGAGGGCCAGGUUUGGCAUCUGGACAGCUCUAUUCCUACCCUGCUCGCCGCUGGAGGAAAAAACGCCGUGCUCACCCUCCUGAGGAUCCAAGGCUUUCCUUUCCUUCCAUUAAACCAGACACUGAGCAGACCCUAAAGAAAGAAGGUUUGAUCUCUCAGGAUGGUAGCAGCCUGGAGGCCCUCCUGAGGACAGACCCGCUGGAGAAGCGCAGCCUGCCUGACCCACGCACUGAUGAAGACAGCCUUGGCGAGUUCCCUGUUGCCAACAGCCGUGCACGUAAGCGCAUCCUGGAACCAGAUGAUUUCUUGGAUGAUCUGGAUGACGAGGACUAUGAAGAAGAUACACCAAAACGCAGAGGCAAAGGCAAGGCGAAGGGCAAAGGAGUUGGGGGUGCCCGGAAAAAACUUGAUGCGGCCAUUUUGGAAGACAGAGACAAACCUUACGCCUGUGACAUCUGCGGGAAGCGUUACAAGAACCGGCCUGGGCUGAGCUACCACUAUGCGCACUCCCAUCUGGCUGAGGAAGAAGGGGAGGACAAGGAAGACUCGCAGCCUCCCACGCCUGUCUCUCAGAGACCCGAGGAGCAAAAAUCAGCCAAGAAGGGCCCUGAUGGUUUGGCCUUGCCCAACAAUUACUGCGAUUUCUGUCUGGGAGACUCCAAGAUCAAUAAGAAGACGGGACAGCCGGAGGAACUGGUUUCGUGCUCUGAUUGUGGGCGAUCAGGCCAUCCCUCUUGCUUACAGUUCACUCCAGUCAUGAUGGCAGCAGUGAAGACCUACCGCUGGCAGUGCAUCGAAUGCAAAUGUUGCAAUAUAUGUGGGACCUCCGAGAAUGAUGAUCAGCUGCUCUUCUGUGAUGAUUGUGACCGUGGCUAUCAUAUGUACUGCCUAACCCCACCCAUGUCAGAGCCGCCUGAAGGGAGCUGGAGCUGUCAUUUGUGUCUGGACUUGCUGAAGGAAAAGGCCUCCAUCUAUCAGAACCAAAACUCUUCCUGAUGGGUGUUGGGGCAGCAGAGAAGAAAGGAGGCUCCGAAGAGGAACCUUCGGUUGUUUGCUGCAUUACAGGGGCUCUUUUUCCUUUUGCGGUUUACUCUUUCUUCUACCACCUCCUGCUCUUGGUUGGUGUCUCCAUCAGUUGGAUCAGGCCCUCCCCCACACCGGCUCUCGCUGUUCUCUCCACCGUGGUUUGAACCUCUCUCACUUAGCAGUUGCCCCGGGGAGUGAAGGGAUGCCCCCCCCCAAUCCUUCUGAGGCCUCAGUCUAUCUGGAGGUUUCAGGCAUGAGCCUUGAGCAGAUGCUGGGAGCAACACCAGCACUCACGUGUGGCUGAGGAUCAUCAUAUCUGCAGCCUUAAUACGCUAGGAACAAAGCUGCUGUAAGUGGUCAGGAUGGGGAAGCCGUGCAGUGAUUGCUGGGAGAAGGGACAUAAGCGCCUUCUCACCUCACUAACCUUGCGCUAUUGAAUUGACAGCCAGUCUUUAGGCUUCUGCCUCUGCAAGCUGGGCUGGCAAGCUGAAAAGGAAGCUGCUUUGAAUGAUUUUACUUUCUCUGCUUUUUCUUUUCCUACAUUCAAACAUAACACAUUUGCCUGGAAAAAAAACAACCCUAUAGAGGGAAGAGGUUACAAGCCCCUUUGUCAUCUUGUUCUCCCUCUUCCUAAAAGAAGUGGUUUUAUUGCUGGUGUAACUCAAAAGACAAGUAUGUGCCAGUCAAGAGCAGCCUCCUAUACCAAGGAGAGAUCCUGGAUGACAUUGUACGCACUUUGAAACCAGUCCCUGACUUCAGCAGUGUGAACUCGGCUCCAUUUGCCUUUCUUGGAGAAGGUCUUCUGAGAUUUACCUCGGUCUUAGUGGAGGUUGGAUGUUGGCCCAAAGAAUCCCUGUAAAAAUAGAAACGUCAUUACUCCCUUUCGUGUUUUUACAGACAAGUAGGAUUAGUUGUUUGACUCAGGGCUGUCUUCUGGUGGAAGGGAGGGGGGUAGCCCUGUUGCCCGUGGAUCAGAGAAAGGGUCUCGGCUUUGUUCACCCCACCUUGGUAAGUCCCAGACACGUGGAGUGUUGACCACAGCCUCAAGCAGUCAUAUUUGUGUAGCAGUGGAUUUUAGUACAUUUUAAUUCAAGGAAGGGGGGGGGUGUUUUUCCAUUUAAUUGCCAGCAUUAUAGAUUCCCCCCCCCCUUACCAUUCUUUUGAUUUCUGUGCUGUCUGCAGGGUAGGUGGUUAGUAGUUUGGACGGGAAGAGCAAAGGACCUUUUGUGCUGUCACUUCUUUGCCUCAUGGAGCAGGGCUUGUUUAAGGGAAUUCAGCCCUCCUGCUUAUCAGCAGAUGCCUGUGAAGAUCAUCCAAGACCUUCUGUGUGUUGCGUGCCUCUCUGGGAGCGUCGGCUGCAAGUGUUGUGCUGCCUGCCUGAGUCCCCUUUUGUCCAAGCCUUACUUGAAGUCUGUUUGCCGCAUCCUGGUUCCCCACGUUGUGUGUAUGGAUUCUUCUUUCAGCCCCUGCUGCUCUUGGAGGAAAACCCAGUGGGAGCUGUUGUGCUCUCUGGUUUGGCCAGACUUGGUGGGUAGAGGCGUCUUUCCAGGAACGAAAACUGUCUCCCGCUUUUGUCGCCCUCUUGCCUUCUGUGUCCCUUCCUGGGAGGAAUCAGUCCUGCAAGUGAUAUUUCAGAAGCUGUUCUUGAAGUCCCACCAUUAUUAUUUUUGUUAAUGACAGUUUUCUCCAGUCACCCUGGGUUGCGGUAGAGAGCUGAGGAAAGGUCUCUCUCUGCAACUGGGUGGUGUGUAAUAGUGUACUAACACAUGUGCCUGUUUUUUCUAAAACUGACUUCAAACCUACCUCCAAAGCCCCCUUUUGCAUCUUCCCGUGUACCCAAAAAGCAUUUGAAUCCUUCUCUGCCCACAGUCUAUUUGCCUGCAGAAGGCAGUGUGAGAUGGCUCAGGGCUCUCUGUCAUAGUGGGAAGGGGUAGUUAUUUUGCUUCACUGGGACAUGAGUGCAAAUCUAGCCUGCAGCUGGUUUGGGUUCACAUUAAAGCCUAACUUGUCACCCUGCUGUAUAAGGUGAUUGUCUCACUUUCCUCAUGGGGAUAGUUGUAUGAGGAAAGGUAAACAGAAUGAAAACUUUUAAAAACCCUGUACAGACUCUUCUUCAGGUGGGCUAGAGGCCUUCAGGAUUAUACGUGGUUCUACAAACUCGAGAGUGUGUGAAAUGUGAAGAAGGACCUCUCUGUUGGUGCCAUUGUGCACUUCUGCUCCUAGAUCCCCUCAGGGCCACAGCUCCCAUAGGGAAGCGCACCCCCAGCUUUCCUUAUUCUUGCACUUGUUUGUUCUCCCAUAACUGGGUGGGGUGGGGUGGGCUGAUUCACAGGACUAGAGGGGGAGGGGGUUUCACUCAUUAAGAAAAUCUUUGCUAAAUUGCAUUGGGGGAAUUGCUGUCUCACCCCUAGCUGGGGCACGUUCUCGUUCAAAGCAUCACACCUGUGUCUUAAACUCACUACCGUAAUAAAACACCAAAAUGGCUUGUUUUUAGACCUUCGUUUUAUUGUAGUCUCUUGUCCUUUGGGUGGGUGGUAGUGGGGGGGGGAUAAGUUGUGAGGGGGAGGAUUUUUAAAAUGAAUAAAGCUGUGUGAAGCCCACUACAUUGUGGGAAUUCCAUGCUCAGGUUAAUUCUGUUGUGGGGGUGGGGGGAUAGCAAGGCCGAGCCUGGAUUCUUAAAUUGGCUUUGUUCAAUGUUUCUGUGUUUGGGGUUGAGGAGCAAGGAUGGAUAUCGGCCUCAAUUUCUCUGCCCUGUGAUGCAUCUGUUCCUUGGGCAUUUGCAAAAAGACUUCCAUCUUUUUUUUUUUUUAACCCAUCCAAGGGCUGGAAAUUAGGCUACAAUACCUCAACUCUCUGCUUUUGUGCUGUCUCGGUCAGUUUUGUAGCCCCUUGCACACCUGGGUUGCCAUUCCUUCUCUACACUUACCUUGCCCCUGUCUCCCUGGUCGACCAGUUUUAUAUUGAGAUGGUGGCUUUGUUUCUCCCUCUCCCCAAAUGUUACAGAUAAUUUUGUGGAUUUGGGAAUUUGUUUUUCUUCAUUGUUCUUUCAUUUUUAAUUCUCGGGAUCACUCACAUAUCUUUUUAUAGCAGUUUAAUCUCAAGUGUGUUUUGGCUCUUUUAUUUUAAGGUACUGUAAUAAGCAUUAGUGAAUAAAUAUCAU